AUGGUGACUGAAUUGUUAUCCGUCGACAAAGAUCUUAUUCGUGUCAAAGGGAGGGAGGGCUUCAUUGUUCUUCAUUUUGUUGCUCUCCAAGGAAAUGUUGAUCUUCUAUCUCGGUUUCUCGAUCUUUGUCCCGAAUGUGUCUUUGAUUUGAGUACUCGGAAACAAACGGCACUGCAUAUUGCUGCAGAAUACAACAGUUUUGAAGCUUUUGAAGCUAUGGUGGAAUGGAUUCAAAGAAAGUUGGUAAACACUAAACGAGUUCUGAAAAGUAAAAUCUUGAACUCACAGGAUAAGGAUGGAAACACUGCAUUGCACUUGGCUGCAGCAAAUAACCAACAACAGAUGAUCAAGCUGUUGAUGAGCUGCAAGGAAACGGACAAGAACAAGUCCAAUGAAGGCGGUUUGACAGCAUCAGAUGUCUUGCAAAGACAAACUGAAGACGACGACAAUGAGAUGUUGGGAAUUCUCAAGAGCCAUCCCGGCAUUUCUCAAAGGAACAAGUCAUGGUUUGACACACAAUGGUGUCGGAUUACGUCCGAGAGAUGA